UGGUCUCUCUCACAGAGUGGAUGCACAAAGAGACAGUAGUAGAGUAGAGACAGGCAGAGCUACAGAAAGAUAAAAAGAAGAAAAACUAGUCAGGAGGCAGCUAAAAGAGAGACAGAGAGAGAGAGACCAGCUAAGAGCAUACUUAUAUCAAGGUUGGACAUGGCCAGGUUAGAUGUCGUAGAAACCUUUCAUGGUAUCAUGUUUCCUGGACACCUGCACACCCAGGAUUCCUUACAACUUGCUCUCAAAUUUCAGUUUCAGGACACGGAUAUCGUCAUCGUCUCCUAUCCAAAGUCAGGCACCACAUGGAUGCAGGAAAUUGUAUCUCUCAUAUCCAGCAGAGGGGACCCACAAGCGUCCCAAACUAUCCCGAACUGGACUCGGGCUCCCUGGCUGGAGCACCAUUAUUUUGCUGCGGUACUGGAGGCCUCACCCACCACACCUCGAGUCAUCACCUCACACCUGCCUCAUCACCUGCUGGGGCCCACCCUCCAGGGCUCCAAAGCUAAGGUCAUCUAUGUGAGCAGAAACCCAAAAGACGUGACAGUGUCCUUCUUUCAUUUCCACAAAAUUGCCAAAUUCCUUCCUGAGGUUGGCUCAUUUCCAGAGUUUUUAAAUCAAUUCCUGGAGGGCACACUGCACUAUGGCUCCUGGUUUGACCACAUUAAAGGCUGGACCAGUCAGAAAGCAACUAUGAGCAAUCUGCUUCACAUUACCUAUGAAGAGAUGUCAUUGGACCUACGUGGCGUCAUAAAGAGGGUGAGCUCUUACCUACACAGUACCCUGCAGGAGGAUGAGAUCAACAAUUGUGUGAAACAUUGCAGCUUCAACAGCAUGAAAGACAACAAGAUGACCAACUACACCCUGGUCACUGCGGACAUAAUGGACCAUAGCAAGGGCUCCUUCAUGAGAAAAGGCAAGAUUGGAGACUGGGAAAACAUGUUCACAGAGGAGCUGAAUCAAUAUUUCAAAAGCAUCUUCCAGUCCAAGAUGGAGGACUGCGCUUUAGAGUUUGUGUGGGAGGACCAACAUAAAGAGGAGACGCACACUAAUGAACAAAUCCCACUGAAGAACACAGCUGUAAAAAAAAGCUAAGUAAAGUUAGAAAUUGUGUUGCAUCCUGGGAGUUGUAGUUUACAGUAAAUGAUUAUAGGGCCACUUUUUGACAUGCAAUGUGUAGUACGCUUCAAUACCGGGUAUGUAUAUUUCAGUCUUACUUUCAUUGCAGUAAUGUGUCUGUGCAUGAUGUGCCACUUAUGUAAUGAUGCUCAUUAUGUGUCAAUAAAUGUCAGAUCAACUGAAACCUCUUACAGUUGGUUGUCCAAAUCAUGUGUUCUUUAGUGCAAAACAAGUGGCACUUAAGGUUGCCAAUGUUUAAUUCAAGCAAAGAAAUUGACAGUUAUACAGGCAGCAGAACUCUGAAAAGAGAGUAAAGGACAGGUCAAAGGUUAUAUUUUAAAUCCCCUUUCCAGAGGGCUGAGCGGCCCUUGUGCCUUCUGUCACUUUACACCACCCAAUAAAAAAGGUGUUGCUCCCCCUCCAGUUUCCAUGCACUUGAAAGCUUCGAUCAAAUCCUAUCUAAUCUGUGUGUGUCUAUACAAGAAUAGAGUGAACACACGUUACAGAUAGUACAGAACACACUGUGCUCUGUGACUGCAAGUCUGAUUUCUGAUAACUGGCGGACAUGAGCAUUUAUCCAAAGGUGGAAUUCAAAUUGUUGA